GCGAGGCCGGUCAGUUCUCGCCCGUCCGGGGAAUCGGGCCGCCGUUCGUGAGAUCUCGUUCCGCCUUCGUUCCGGUCUUCAUCGUCCACCCGAUAGGACACGCAAAUCGUUUCGCCGACGGAAAAUGUACGCCACGAUGCCGGCCGUGGUCUAGAAACUCGUCUACGGGAGUGAAGCUUACGGAACACGUGUGCACGGAGACGCUGUGGGGUGUCAUAUGCCAGUCGGGGAUUGUGUACCGGUAUCUCGCUGGCGUUACUGAUGGGUAAAAGUGUCCUCGUCGAGGGAGGAGCGACGAUACACAAGAAUCGAGAACGCGCCAUUACAACGAGGAGGACUCUAUAUGAGACAAUCCUACGAUCUCGUCAACCCUUAAUGUCUCCAUCGUGAGCCUUCGGCAGCUGUUCUACGCGCGAGGACGCGGUCCUACGGGACUCGGGAUCGACGUAGUGUGAACGAGGGAACGGACGGAUAAAGAUAAGGCUAAGGACGAUGGGGGUGCCGGACGUGGAACAGGCCAAGAAGCGGCUCCAGGAUAUACUGAGGCGGGCACAGAAGCUGGAGAUACCGACGCAAGAGGUGAUCUCGACGCGGACGGCGCGUAAACUGCUCGCCAGAACGCGCAAUAUCCUGGCAUGGACUAUCUGGAUCGGAGUAUUCGUUAUCCUCCUCAGUGGCAUGGUCUACGCUAGUUGGCCUACACGACAGGACGUGGAGACCGUCAGGACCGUGCUGAGGCGAACACCAAAGGGAAUUUGAUAUAAGAGGGAAACUACCCGGACCGGACAAAGGGGCAAAUAUUCGAAACUUGAUAUGUCCUUUGUGCCACAGCUUCAGGCAAAGACAAGACAUCAAAGGGAUAUCUGACAUUACGAACGGCGAAGUAUCCACGACAAGUUUUAGUUAAUUGGCCAUGACGCAUUCUUAACGGAAGACGAACAUUCGAAAGAGAGAAAAGGUAUUGUAAAUAAGUUUACUGUGAAAUUACUUAGUCAACGAUAAUUAAUUUUCUUGACAGGUAACUUUCUGACGAACGCAUAUUGGAAAGUAAGGCUGAAACCGACGAGAGAUGGAAAAUUCGGAAAGUUCCGACUUCUCUGCAACAGCUUAUAGUCAUCAAUUUACGCUCACGCCAUUUUGGCGUUAUCGUUAAAUAUUCGAGAGAAAAGUUUCGCGGCGCUUUCCAUAAAUCAAUUAUGGCGCUUAACUUCGUUUUGCGACACUCCGUAAUUACAAGUGGCGUUGUUUAUCAGUGAUAAAUUAUAGAUUCCGUAAACGGGAGUAACUGAUGACUUGUAUUAUACAUUCACUUGGAAGAGAUUGCAUGAUUUCAUUAAAUUUGAUAAUGUCACAUAUUCUCAUUCAAAUGUCACACUUUAUCUUCAUUCAUUCAUCUACUUUUUUCCAGAUAAUAAAAUCUCCAAUUAAACAAAGCUUA